AUGUUUCGAGAAUACUCUAAGCCUAACUAUUACAAUCCUCAAUCAAAUUUAUUUAAGAAUGCCGCUAUGCAAAGUGUAGAUUUCUAUGGAAAUAUUGGAUAUUCUAAAUCAGAAUACCCAGUUUCAAUGUAAUAAUAAUACUACGAUAAUUAUUAAUACAAUAAAAUGUUUUCUUCUAAGGUAUUUACUCCUCAUGUUUAACCUAUAUUUAUUGCUGGCCCGAUUUAUAAAAAUGCUCCUAUUUUUUAUGGUCCUUAACAUUUAAGUUCAAGUUUAUUCUAGCCAGUUGAAAAAAAUAGGUUUGAGAAUUAUCAUUCAACAGAUUAAAUCAUUCAAGACAUGAAUAGUUUAAAGUUAUAAUCCAAAAAAUAAUAAGAAGAAAAUAUUAAGAGAAGAAAUUAAAUUUUAAAUCAAUGGAAUUUUAUAGAAGAAUAGAAAUAGAAAACUUCCAAUUAAUCUAGUGACGAAUAUGAACACUAAAAUCAAUAUUAAAAUCAAAAUUAAAGAUAUAGUCAUACUUCUAGUGAUAAUAAUACUAUAAGUCUAUAAAAUGAGGCUUUUUAAAAUAAACCAUUCAACAAAAAUCUAUCAAGAAAUAGUGUCAAAUCUAUUAAGUCUUAAGAAGAUGAAAAACCAAAAUCAUCACAAAAACUUACAUCCAUCAAAGAAGAAAUAGAAAAACCUAAAACCAAUUUAUCUUAAAAACCUUAGAUUAAUCUACAAUAGAGAUCAAGGAAAAGAGGGAAAAGAAACCUUAAAAUUAUUUUGAAGGCUUUAUCUUUUAUACUCAUUUAUUUCUUAUAAAUGAAGAGAACUUUAUUAAAAAGAAAAAAGCUAUAAGCUAGCAAAGAAAAUAGUACAGGAACAGUAAAUAAAGCUAUACAUGAAGGUGCUGAUUGGAUCCUACAUUUUGCUGAUAAUGAUUUAAAAUAAUUUUGGAGUAAGAAAGAUUCCUUAAAUUGGUUAGAAAAUGAUCAAUUAUCAGACAAAGAAAAAACAAACAGAAUUAAUAAUGUUAAACUUUUUAUUUAAAAACUUUCCAUUAUUAUAUUUGAAAAUUUAAAAGAAUCUAGUUUUAAUCCAGAGUUUUUUUCAUUUUUAGCUUAAAUAACUUAAAAUUUUUAAUUCCCUCCAGAUCGAUAUUUUUUUAAUUUUGAAGUUUCAAGAUUAGAAUUUAAUUCUUUUGGAGCUAUUAAGAAUAUAAAACUUUAAUAAUAAAAAAUGGUAUUAGCUUUCUUUAUAAUGAUAAGAAUAUUAGGAUAUACAAUUUUAUAUGCUCCAUGGACUUUAGGAUUAAGCUAUAUCAAAAAAUCUACAAUUUUAGAAUCAAAUUCUAUUAUUAUUGUUUCUGUUCUAUAAGAAUUAGUAAUUGGAGAUUUUAGAGAAAUUAAAGUUUUAGAAAAUAAUUAAAAUCAUUUGAGCAAUGAAUUAAAAAUAAAUCCUCGUCCUCUAGGUCCAUUAAAAGUAUUUUUAAAUUAAUUUUAAGAUAAUACCUGAUCCUAAAACACAAUAAGAAAAAAUAUAAUUAAAAACCUAACUUGAACCAUUGAUAUAUCCCACCUAUACACGUGAGGAGAUGAAAGAUUUAUUUGAAAAAUAGAAAGACGUAUUUCUAAAUUUAUAAAAUUUAGUGGGUAGAAAAUUUAAUGGAUAAAUUUGAUGAAAUAUAUGCACGAUUAGUUAAAAUAACAAACUCUUGGCAUUAAAAUAACAAAAUUUCAAUAACAGCAGGUUUAAAGCACAAAAAAAAUUAAAGAUCAUGA